AUGAAGAUGGGCGUGUGUUUCAAGGGCAGGGCACGGGCUGAGGCGGAGGACGAAGAGGAAGAGGCCGCAGCCGCCAUUGAUCUCGAGGUCGAGGCCGAGGAGGGUGUGCUCGGGGAGCAAUGGGACAGCGACAUCGCCAUCAAUGAGACGGUGGACCUCAGCGAGUUGGGCUUCCGCGUCGACGAGAUGGGGGUCCUCCACGAUUUGCCGUGA